AUGGUUGAGCUAGGUUCGCGUGCUUCGGCAGUCUCCGGUACCUUCAAUGUCCUGUCGAUGAAUGUCGCCGGACUUCCCGAAAUUCUCAACGGAAAUGGAGAAUCUGGCGACAAAACAACUAACACAAUGCUCAUAGGACAGGAUUUUGCCAAAUAUAACUACGGCGUAAUUCAUGUACAAGAAGACUUCAACUAUCACGCUACAUUGUACCAGUAUGACACCCACCCUUAUCGAACUGCAACCUCAGGAGGUGUGCCCUUUGGAUCAGGGCUCAACACGUUAUCCCGCUACAAUUGGAUCGAUUUUAGUCGAAUCAAAUGGGAUACAUGUAGUAAUGCAUCUGAAAGUGAUUGCCUAACCCCCAAGGGAUUUACAUUCAUGCGCCUCAGAAUAGAUGAAGGUGUUUACAUUGACUUUAUCAAUCUACACGCCGAUGCCGGAACCGAAGUUGGGGACGAGGCCGCCCGCACAGCUAACAUUAAACAAGUGGCUGAUUAUGUUAGUACCAAUUCUGUGGGGAAUGCAGUCAUCAUAUUCGGUGACACCAACUCGCGUUAUACUCGGUCUGAAGAUAACAUUCGCUUGCUUUCCACCCAGAAUGGUCUGACGGAUGCUUGGGUCCAGGCCAUUGGCGGAGUAGCUCCUGCAACUGGUUCAGAUGCCCUGGUUUGUCCCAACGGUGUUCCCGCUAAUGUCGAGUGUGAAGUCGUAGAUAAAGUCCUUUUCCGGGGGUCCAAUGUUAUUAACCUCAAAUCCAAUGGUUUCUUCUACGAUACAGCGAAAUUCCUCUCCACAGACCUCGCGACCCUGACGGAUCACAAUCCUAUUCGCGUUGAGUUUGCUUGGUCUCUUGCUUCAACUUUGCGUCAAAGCGAUUUGUAUGGUGGUCCUCAUGGCACUUGGUUCAACGAUCUUCCUUCGUUACCUAGCUCUCCCAAAGUUGCGUCAGUUACGCUACGUGGUGCCAGUCGGUUGGAUGGCAUUGCAAUCAGGUUUACUUCGGGAACCUCACUCUCGCAUGGAGGUACGGGUGGAACUGCCUACAGCAUAAGCCUAUCGUCUGGUGAGACCAUUACCUCGGUGAAAUUAUGCUGGGGACAGUACAGUAGCCAAACCCGAAACUUCUAUGCAUUAAUAACGACCAGCGCCGGGCGGACGGUUUCUGCUGGAACCACCACAAGCGAUUGUGCCACUAUCGCGGCUCCUUCAGGAUUUGGUGUAGUUGGUACCUAUGGGCAAAGCGGGGAUGAAAUGGACCAACUUGGAUGCAUAUAUGCGAAGCAAUAG